AGUACAAUUUAGGCAAAAUUUUAGCACAAAAAAAUCGGUUUAAUAGGAAACCACCUCAAAUUUUACGGGUUUUGGGCGUUAUUUUUGGGCCGUACGCGACCAAACACGACCUUAUAUAUUUUCCGCCUAAAUAUUCACCCAAAUAAUAAACAAACCUUUUCAAAUUCCUCUCCUUCCCAUUCUGCGUUUUCAAUCGCCAUGGAAAGAAGGAAAAGCAGAAAACGAAAACGGCGGGUUGAAAGGAAAGCUCCGGCGCCAGCUGCUUCAUCCUCGGCCCCUCCGCCGCCGUGGAUCGAACUUCCCGAAGAUGUAACGGCCAACAUUCUGCAGAGGUUGGGCGCGAAGAGGAUGCUAAGGAACGCGCAGCAAGUGUGUAGAACCUGGUGGAAAGUUUGCAAGGAUCCCGCCCUGUGGCGAGUGAUCGAUUUGUGCAACCCUCAUGAUAUCUAUAUGAACGAGGACUACACUGCCCUGUGCCGCCGCGCAGUGGAUCGGAGCCAGGGGCAAUUGGUUGACCUCACCAUCGACUGCUUCGGCGACGGGGAGCUGAUAAAAUACGUCGCCGAUCGAUCACGAAAUCUCAAACGUCUUAAACUUGUAUCUUUCAAUGAGAUGUCUGCACAUAUAGAACCUUUAGUUGAAGCGGCUGGAAAACUUGAACAGUUGGAAGAAUUGCACCUUACUAUGAUCCCAUGGAUAGAAGGUCACCACAUUGAAGCUAUUGGCAAUUCUUGCCCAAAGUUGAAAUCAUUCUCAUAUAACGAACAUGGUUCAAAGUGCCGGCUUCCACCAGAUUCAGAAGAUGAUGAUGAUGAUGAUGAUAUUGAUGGAUUCGAUCAGAAUAGUUAUGCUGAAGCAAUCGGAAAAUGCAUGCCUAAUCUGCAUCAUCUUCAACUUUUUGCUAAUGAGAUGCGGAAUGAAGGGCUUGCAGCCAUCCUUGAUGGCUGUCCACGCCUCGAAUCACUUGACAUCCGACAAUGCUUUGAUCUCGAUCUUGGAGGGGAUUUAGGGAAAAGAUGCCGCGAGCAGAUAAAAGAUCUGAGACUCCCUAAUGACUCGGUGAGUGACAUAUCAUGGCUUGUUUGGGAACCAUAGCUAUUAUAGUGAUUAUGAAUAUUACGAUGAAUAUUACGACGGCUACUCUUCUCCUCGUGGCUAUGGAUCCUUCAACGAUGACGGACCUGGGAUUUUCGACUACGACUUCUUCUGAGCUAGGAACAAGAUCAUAGCAGAGGGUAAAGCUUUCUUAAUUUCGUUUUGUCGUGUCUUAAUUUUUAUUUUUUUUGUAGAUUUUUGUGUUGCUAGUUGAUUUCAAGUGGUUAUGGCAGCAUUUGGGACUUUGAUUAUAUCUCUCUAUUUGGAUGUUGAAUGGUAGUAGCAACGUACAUUUUA